AUGUCGACCGGACGCAAGACCUUUCACUGCGCCGUGGACGAGACGGCUCUGACCACCAAUAUCAGCGAAAUCAAGAAAUGGACCACCAGCGGGGCCAUCGAUCUCAUUGUUCCUCUUUACACUCUUGAACGGCUCCAUGCCUUGAAGCGGGCGGGAUCGCAAAUCGCGAUCAAUGCCCGCGAGGCCGUUCGCUUCCUGGACCGCGUCACCUCCGGCAAAGACCACAUCGCCGCCGACCGCGUCGCCCUGCAGGGUCCGAUGGAACAGUACGAGCACUGGGAAGAAGCCGAGAAAUUCUUCCUGCCGGAAUUCGAGGAAGAGCCCGAGGCUCUCGACGAGACCGCUUCCCCCGAAUCGGCGACCGACUCCCCCAAGUACCACGGCGCCUCCGAAUCGGACGAUCUAUCGCAGAUGCUACUGAGCAAAUUGAAUUUCAAGAAUCAGACCGAGGCCCCUUCGAUCACCUCCGCCGGCUCUCCCAGCGGACCCGGCUCGCGCACGUCCUCCCGCAGUUCGCGCACCAGUCCCGAAUGCGCCCAACAUGAGAACGGUGGCACCGGCAAGAUGGAGAAGACCAAGGGACAUCAGCGUGCUUCCUCCGCAUCCAACAUUCCCGUCGUUCCGUCGGUUCUGCGCCCGUUGUUGAGUGCGUUGCUGUGGCGGCUGCACAGCGGCCCGGAUGCUGAGAAUUCUGCCAAAAGCUGUAUUCUGGUGACCAACGACCGCGCGACUCAGGUAUGGGCUCAGAAGUUCGGUAUCGGCGUGAAGAACAUUGUCCAGCUGCGCACUGCGAUUCAAUACGAAGAGCGCGAAUACAAAAACCGUUGCAAAUACGUUGAGAAGACUCAGACCCACGCUACCGAGCCCAAGACUCUGUUGACCUACGAGGACGACAGUGACGAGGACGAGCUGGUCUUUGUCCCGCGCGGCCGUGGUAGCGGUAGCGGCAGCGGCAGCGGCAAUGGCAAAGGUUCUUCUUCUCGUGGUGCACGGGGCGGCUCUUCUCGCAAGAACGCUGCUGCAAAGGCUACCCCAGCGACUCCGGAGACUCAGGCCCCGGUUGAGGUCCCGACACAGCCCAUCGACCCGGACUCGUUCAGCCGAUCCCUCGGUGCGAACAAGACACCGACGGUGGAUCUGAGUUCUCCACAGGGGGCUGCCCGAGGCAUGUCCUCGGCCUCGCGUCGCUCUGCCAGUUCCCGCCGUGGAGGAUCUACUCGCGGCGCGGCGCGCGGCAACGGCCGAGGACGAGGCAAGCUCUGGGUUCCUUGA